AUGGAUACUGCCAUCGACCUCUCGGACGCCAGCAAGGCCCUCGACCUGGCCAACAUCCGCUUCCAGCUCAUACUCGCUGAUAUGUUCCCUCUCAAUCCCUCCAUCUACAAGCCUGGCGCCGUCCGCAUCCCCGACUGCGACUACAGCCUGCUCGACUGGAUGAUCCGCGAGCAGGAACGCUUCCAGUCUCUUGUGCGCCGCUACCAGUCGCCCGACGAGUACCCCUUCUUCCCGGACGCCCUGCAAGAGCCCAUUCUGCAACCCAUCCACUACCCCCAGAUCCUGCACCCAAACGACGUCAACAUCAACGGCAAGCUCAAACACCACUACGCCGAGCACAUCCUACCCGCUGCGUGCAUCAACUAUGGCCGUGAAGAGCGCGGCGAGAACCAGGAGAACUUUGGCUCUGCCGCUACCUGCGACGUGAACUGCCUGCAAGCCCUGUCUCGCCGCAUUCACUUUGGCAAGUUUGUCGCAGAGGCAAAGUUCCAGAAAGAGACGGAACGCUUUGUCGACCUGAUCAAGCGCGAGGACCGCAAGGGUAUUGACGAGGCCAUCACAAAUGCUGCCGUCGAGAAGAAGGUCCUCGAGCGUCUGCGCCUCAAGGCAAAGACCUACGGCACGGAUCCCAGCAUCUCGGCUGGAGAGGCUGAAGAAGCUGCCAAGAUCAAUGUCGAUGCUGUCGUCGCCAUGUACAAAGACUAUGUCAUUCCUUUGACAAAAGAAGUCGAGGUCGACUACCUUAUGCAGCGUCUCAAGAACACUCAAUGGGAGUAA